CCAACAAUUGGAGGCUGGUCUGCUGCUACGAUAAAAACAACAACACAGAAAUUUAUAAGGUAGUUGGUAGUUAAAGUUUGUGUGAGGUGACAUUUAGUGUAAUGUGUUUGUGGUUUCAAGUGCAAAUAAAACUAUAUUAAACAAUUUUAUAGAAGCAAUAAUAAUACGUAUAUAAAAAUGGAAGAUGAUUUUUUAUCUAUCAUACUUCCGGACAAUAGAAAUAAUAUGUUUGAUACUUUAAGAAGUAACUCUUUGCAACUGUUACCCAAGAUUAGAAAUCUUGUAGAGGUGAAAAAUGAUCUGAUCUUCGCUUAUGACCCCAUACACCAGAGCAUCCUAGUGACAAGAGCUUCCUCGUUUCUAAAGCAGGCCUCUGAAAAAUAUCAGAUCUACAGUCCCACUGUUACCAUCUACGGAGAUGCCGACCUCAUGCGGGUCAAUGAAAACACAACCAAGGCUGUCAUCCGGACCGACCAGUGCCUCUUCGUCAUGGAUCUACCCCACGUCUACCUCUGCUGCAUGCUGCCUCCCACAGCCACCAACAUGACCAAGACCAGGCUGUGGUUGGUACGUCCUCACGGAGCAGAAGAUCCCGCAUUCACUCGAGUCCUCCAAGUGCGAUGGCACCCUCUGCAGCCGUACCAGCUCUUAGUGCUGUACAAUGACAAUCGCCUAAGACUGAUGGAUGCACAGUGUCAGACCAUACUCAACAUACUCAGUCUGGGUCGUCGUCCGACAUCCAACCCGUUGUCAACAGUAAUUCCCUUAGGAGAACACGCAGUGGACUUCGCGUUUGUGUGGCGUGUGAAUGAGAACUUAAAUGACGAAAUGGAAACCGAACAACAGAUCAUGUUAGUACGGGGAAAUGGUGAUAUUUUCAACGCAGAAAUAACCCCUGACAGAGCUAUUAAGGAACAUCCAUUGACAAUUAGCAGUGGAACAACAGCUUUCAUUAGCGAGAACUGGUCCAUCAUGGUGAUGCCAUGCUACCCUCCCAUCGUCGUCAUUGUCUCCGAUGACUUUAUCUACCAUUUUGUACUAUUUGAAAGUGGAAACAUGAAGUAUCUCCAAAUGGUUGAAGCCAUCCAAAAGUGGGAGUCACCACCUGGUGAAUGCUCUGGGAGGGGAUGCACUGAUUAUAUAGUGAAAGAUACUGCUUCGAUGAGUAGGUACUUCAUCGUAAGUCACGCCGGGAUCCUCACAGUUAUCAUACCAACGUUGGAUAGUUUUACAGAUUUCUGGAAAGGAUACCCUGAAGUAGCUACUCCAGGCCAGGAAAGUACAAAGGAGUUGUUAACUAAAAACACCUCGAAGAUGGAAAUGGUCACAAGUAAGGAUUUGGGGGAACCUUCACAUCUACAUCUGUUUGGGUUGGGGCUGAUAUCCGGGCACAGAUUCACCACCCAUAUAGUCCACAGUAUUGCCCAAUUUGGAGACUGUUACCUUAUCUAUAGAAAAUCUCUUCCAGUUUGUACCGACUGUGGAGUCAUGCAGCUCAUUCCAACAUAUCCCACGGGAUGAUUUAUCUGAUGUAUGGAUGGAGAUGCAAGCUGAUCUAUCAUCUGUUGUUCGUCCCAUAGAGUACGUGCGAAAUGACUCAUACGAGGAAGUGAUGAACCAGGUAGCCUUUUGUAAAGAACGGGUGCUGCAGCACAACA